UUGAAACUGGGCGGCUCCGAGUUUACAGCUGUCUCUUCACAUCUACGGGACUGUCCUGCUCUCAAUUUUAAGCUAUUUUAGGCUCUAAUACUUGAACUUCUCUUUUAAUUAGUUUUAUUUUUGUGGAGUUUAAAAAAAGCAUUUUUAUCGCGACGCACCAAAAUACAGAGAAAUGGCAGACUGGAAGGCACAGAUCAGUUACAACUACAACCCCUCGUACCACGCCUACGCGUACGGCCUCGUGUAUCAACCCGGACCGGAGCAAAGCCACGGAAACUUGACCACCUGGGGCGAAGCUGGGGUGACUGAUUUGAGCAACUACAACGCCGGAGUGACCCAGGCUUACUACGCCACCACCCAGAGGACCAGGGAAGAGUCGCCACCCCACAGUCCGGAGCAGCACGCCGUGAGCGGCCACGGUCACUACCAGGGCUCCGGGGUGGUCUACCUCGGUGACAGCCAGCAGGCGGGCCGUCUGGUGCUGGCCGGACCUCACCGGGCUGCUGUGUACGAUGGACGGACGCAGGAGGCCAGGCGGGCCGGAAGCGAUUCGACCAGUGACUCGGAGGCACACACCUCACCAAAUUCAUGGAGUUCUGGCAGCAGCAGAGAAGGAAGUCUCCCCCAGACAGACCCGGCCACCUGGGUGAAGUCCAAGGAGCUUAACGACGAGGCAAGGGGCAGGAGCCCCGAUCCCAGCGAGGUGGUCUCCGGCUCUCAAGUGGAGGAGCCGGGGACCUUCGCCGUCGGUGGGAACGAGGACACCAACAACACUACCUCUCUACAGGUACCGUCAACUGCCCCAAAGAAGCAAUGUGCUGCUGUAAACACCCCGAAGGGAAAGGUGCGGGCAGCCUUCUCGGAGAGUCAGAUGAAUGCUCUUGUCCAGCGCUUCAGUGUUCAGAGGUACCUCACCCCGGCUGAAAUGAAGAACCUGGCAGAACUGACGGGACUGACCUACAAACAGGUCAAGACUUGGUUUCAGAACCGAAGGAUGAAGCUAAGGAGGCACCAGAAAGAAACCAGCUGGGUGUCUGAGCGCUAUAACAAAGGCAGCCCGCUACGUGGAACCAUGUACCCAAACGUUCCCUCACACAUGCCACCUUAUCAGGGAGAAGUCCGGCCCCAGCUCAAGGAGCAUUACAACCAGCACAUGGAGGCGGCCUUCAAGAAGACGACCCCCCAGAACAUGGCCUUCUAUCUGACUGCUAUGGGCUCUGCUGCUGGAUCUGCUGGCUACCCCUCCUGGUCCCCCGGCUCGUCCCAGGCCGCAAUGCCCUCCAGGCCCCAGAUGGCUGGCUGGUCCGUGCCCCCUGGUGGCAGCCACUAUGAAUACAACCCCAACGUAUUCCACUCAGCCAGCGGCACAUCGGCAAAUGACGCCCGACAGGACACGAGCUUAGACUGCAAAGAUGGGGAGCCCUUGAACACGGCCAUGGUGAACAAUUGCAGCCAGUAGUCCAUGUGGAGCUGCUCAGCUUAUAAGCUUUUCUGUAAAAGUUACCCAGCCGUUGUGUUUGUUAAUCACGUUUCCUGACUGUUCGUAGUUGAGGUCAUUUUUGCAUGGCUGGGUGUACAUAAGCCUUGUUCAUACUCCUGUUCAAAAGUAGUUUCCCUUUUUGACUUUAUACCUUUAUUUUUAUAUGCAACUAUUUAAUGUAUGUUCGUGUGUGUUCUUUGCGCUUCGUGAUACAAGAUGCAGCCAAGUUGGUUGCAUUCAUUGGAUUAUGUUGGGUGUUUUUUUUGGAACCCUUUUUAAGGCAAAGUACUGAUACAGAUCUGAUGUGCACGCAUACUUUUUCUAUAAAUACAGGUUCGCUUGGCAACCGUGUUUUUUGAGUGCAUGGCAUUAACAUUUAGGUAUUGCUAUUUUUUUAUUCAUUAAUAAGUGCUUGAUGUAACUGCAGUUUUUGGAAAAAUGUUUAAUACGCAAGCAUCAAAACUAAUGAGGCAGUAUGUCAACAUUGGCAAUAACACACCUGGAAGCUGGACUAUAAAUGAAACAUUUUUGGUGAAUGUAAUACACAUUUGGCUGUACAGGAAGUUUGGACCCUUAUAAAAGAAUGCAAGGAAAAAUAAAAUCACCCCAGAGUUGU